CAGACGAGUGGGUAAGACCCUGGCAGCAGCAUUGCCUGUGUCCUCAUACUACUAAUGGUGUGGUGAGUCCCUGGUCCUUGGAAAGGGAGAGACCACAUGGCAAAGUCACUAACAUGUCCCCCUCUUCCCAUUCCUCCUCUAUGCCCACAGCCUCGGGAGAAAGGGAGGAUGCGGUUCCAUAGACUCCAGAAUGUACAGAUAGCACUGGACUUCUUAAGGAGGCGGCAGGUAAGAACCAAUCACAUGUGCCGGAAUGCUAGAACAUAAAAUGUGUAGAGGAAUUUCUGUUAACCAAUUCGUCAUGUAAAGCUAUUAAACAAGCAUACUGUAUGUCCAGGGAGAUUGUUAAAGAUUGACUUCGAAAUUGGACGUCUAUCCAUGUCCUGAGGUCAUCGGAAAUGCCUUCAAAACCGACCACUAGGGGCAACAGUGAGCGCUAUUACAAUCAAGUAGGCUAGUGCAUGGGCGGGGAUGGGCGUAAUUCCAUGACUCUGGAUCAGAAGGUUUCAUGUUCAAUCCCAGUGGGGGAGGGGACACUGUUUUAACCCUAUACCAAACCUUAACCCUUACCUUAACCAUUCAGAAUAACUGCCUAAACUUAACCCUUAACUUCGAAAUUUGAUGUUAGAAGAAAUGGAACGAUACAGAGCGGCAGGAGCAACCAAGGGUGUCAAAAACACUUCGAAAAUGGACGUUUGGAGCAACUUCGAAAUGUUAUGUUUGAAGAAAAGUGAAUAAACGUCUAAUUCUGCAGUGAGACAGUGAGAGCGUGUUGGUACUGUAUGUCCACAUCAAAACGGUAACACUGCUCAUACAUGACAGGGCUAGCCAAUAUCAUUACCUCAUAAAGGCUUCAAUACCGCCCUCAUCGGGACUUAAUAGAGGACAUGCGGAAACCAUCUCCCAAGGGUGAUUACGUCUCUGUUUGGCCCUCCCCCACAUCCACCACAGUCAGGAAGUGAUAGGGAUGGAGAACAGUGUGCAGUGCUCAGCGACAGCCUGCCAGACAUGACGUCAGUGAAAGCAACCCAAGGCCUGAGACAAAGGAUUCAUAGAUCAUUCAAUUAUGCCAUUGUUUUAAUGACACACCAGGCCCCAGUCACACUUCAUUCAUAUUCAUAAACAGACAAAUUACAAUUUCACUUGCCUUUGUUCUAUCCUGCUGUGGAUGUAAGGCUAGAAAGUAUCAUACUUAGGGUAGAUGUGCCAUCACAAUUCUAAUGAACUGUGGGAAGGGAUAAGAUUGGAUGUUACAAACAGCUAUGCCCAUGUAAAUUGCCUUUGUUUCCAGUUUCACUAUUGCUGAACAACUGAAUCAGAAGAAUUCAGUGCAUAAUCAAAUAAAGUUGCAUUUAUUUCCGCUCAUGACAGGGAUUGUCAUGCAUAUCAAUUAAAGGCAAUGUUUUAAACAUCAGGGUGUAUUCAAUCAAAUUAGGUUGAAAGCCAGCACAGUAGCAGUUUCAGACAAUCAACUACAAUACAAAUACUUUGCAUAUGGAAUGAUGAAUGUAGACUAUGUUUGAAUGUUGGGAACAAUAUUAAACUGCAUUAGUUUAUUAGAAUGACAACAUGACAUCACAUUCAUUGUGUACCAGUACAUAAACCACCACACUAUAGAGCCCCAUUGUGGUGUAUACAGUGAGGGAAAAAAGUAUUUGAUCCCCUGCUGAUUUUGUACGUUUGCCCACUGACAAAGACAUGAUCAGUCUAUAAUUUUUAUGGUAGGUUUAUUUGAACCAUGAGAGACAGAAUAACAACAACAAAAUCCAGAAAAAUGCAUGUAAAAAAUGGUAUAAAUUGAUUUGCAUUUUAAUGAGGGAAAUAAGUAUUUGACCCUUCUGCAUAACAUGACUUAGUACUUGGUGGCAAAACCCUUGUUGGCAAUCACAGAGGUCAGACGUUUCUUGUAGUUGGCCACCAGGUUUGCACACAUCUCAGGAGGGAUUUUGUUCCACUCCUCUUUGCAGAUCUUCUCCAAGACAUUAAGGUUUCGAGGCUGACGUUUGGCAACUCGAACCUUCAGCUCCCUCCACAGAUUUUCUAUGGGAUUAAGGUCUGGAGACUGGCUAGGCCACUCCAGGACCUUAAUGUGCUUCUUCUUGAGCCACUCCUUUGUUGUCUUGGCCGUGUGAUUUGGGUCAUUGUCAUGCUGGAAUACCCAUCCACGGCCCAUUUUCAAUGCCCUGGCUAAGGGAAGGAGGUUCUCACCCAAGAUUUGACGGUACAUGGCCCCGUCCAUCGUCCCUUUGAUGCGGUGAAGUUGUCCUGUCCCCAUAGCAGAAAAACACUCCCAAAGCAUAAUGUUUCCACCUCCAUGUUUGACGGUGGGGAUGGUGUUCUUGAGGUCAUAGGCAGCAUUCCUCCUCCUCCAAACACGGCGAGUUGAGUUGAUGCCAAAGAGCUCCAUUUUGGUCUCAUCUGACCACAACACUUUCACCCAGUUCUCCUCUGAAUCAUUCAGAUGUUCAUUGGCAAACUUCAGAUGGCCCUGUAAAUGUGCUUUCUUGAGCAGGGGGACCUUGCGGGCGCUGCAGGAUUUCAGUCCUUCACGGCGUAGUGUGUUACCAAUUGUUUUCUUGGUGACUAUGGUCCCAGCUGCCUUGAGGUCAUUGACAAGAUCCUCCUGUGUAGUUCUGGGCUGAUUCCACACCGUUCUCAUGAUCAUUGCAACUCCACGAGGUGAGAUCUUGCAUGGAGCCCCAGGCCGAGGGCGAUUGACAGUUAUUUUGUGUUUCUUCCAUUUGCGAAUAAUCACACCAACUGUUGUCACCUUCUCACCAAGCUGCUUGGCGAUGGUCUUGUAGCCCAUUCCAGCCUUGUGUAGGUCUACAAUCUUGUCCCUGACAUCCUUGGAGAGCUCUUUGGUUUUGGCCAUGGUGGAGAGUUUGGAAUCUGAUUGAUUGAUUGCUUCUGUGGACAGGUGUCUUUUAUACAGGUAACAAACUGAGAUUAGGAGCACUCCCUUUAAGAGUGUGCUCCUGAUCUCAGCUCGUUACCUGUAUAAAAGUCACCUGGGAGCCAGAAAUCUUUCUGAUUGAGAGGGGGUCAAAUACUUAUUUCCCUCAGUAAAAUGCAAAUCAAUUCAUAACAUUUUUGACAUGCGUUUUUCUGGAUUUUUUUAUUGUUAUUCUGUCUCUCACUGUUCAAAUAAACCUACCAUUAAAAUUAUAGACUGAUAAUUUCUUUGUCAGUGGGCAAACGUACAAAAUCAGCAGGGGAUCAAAUACUUUUUUCCCUCACUGUAGGUGUGGACUAGGAUUUAUUGGCACCGCUUCAAUUGCUAUUUGUAUUUAUUAUGGAUCCCAGACUCUUACAACAUUAAUGCAGUUAUAUACCAUUUAGAAUAUUACAUGACAUUACAUUUCAUAACACUUUACCCAAUACAUUUAGUGUGUUCCCUCAGGCUACUACUCCACUAUCACAUAUUUACAAUACAACAUCCAUGUGUACGUAUGUGUAGAGUGCGUGUCUUAUCAUGUGUAUGUGUGUCUGUACCUGUGUGUGUGUCUCUUCACAGUCCUCGCUGUUCCAUAAGGUGUAUUUUUAUCAGUUUCUUUAAAUCUGAUUCUACUGCUUGCAUCAGUUACCUGAUGUGGAAUAGAGUUCCAUAUAUCCAUGGCUCUAUGUAGUAAUGUGUGCCUCCCAUAGUCUGCUCUGGACUUGGGGACUGUGAAGAGACCUUUGGUGGCAUGUCUUGUGGGGUAUCCGAGCCGUGUGCUAGUAGUUUAAACAGACAGCUCGGUGCAUUCAGCAUGUCAACACUUCUUACAAAUACAAGUAGUGAUGAAGUCAAUCUGUCCUCUACUUUGAGCCAUAAGAGAUUGACAUGCAUAUCAUUAAUGUUAGCUCUCCGUGUACAUUUAAGGGCCAGCCGUGCUGCCCUGUUCUGAGCCAAUUGUAAUUUUCCGAGGUCCCUCUUUGUGGCACCUGAACAUACGACUGAACAGUAGGGUCUCAGGUAGCUUAGUGGGUAAGAGCGUUGUGCCAGUAACCGAAAGGUCGCUGAUUCUAAUCCCCGAGCCGACUAGGUGAAAAUCUGUCGAUGUGCCCUUAAGCAAGGCACUUAACCCUAAUUGCUCCUGUAAGUCGCUCUGGAUAAGAGCGUCUGCUAAAUGACAAAAAUGUAAACGUAAAUGUAGUCCAGGUGCAACAAAUCUAGAGCCUGUAGGACCUGCCUUGUUGAUAGUGUUGUUAAGAAGGCAGAGCAGCGCUUUAUUAUGGACAGACUUCUCCCCAUCCUAGCUACUGUUGUAGCAACAUGUUUUGACCAUGACCGUUUACAAUCCAGGGUUACUCCAAGCAGUUUAGUCACCUCAACUUGCUCAAUUUCCACAUUAUUUAUUACAAGAUUUAGUUGAGGUUUAGGGUUUAGUGAAUGAUUUGUCCCAAAUACAAUGCUUUUAGUUUUUGAAAUAUUUAGGACUAACUUAUUCCUUGCCACCCAUUCAGAAACUAACUGCAGCUCUUUGUGAAGUGUUGCAGUGAUUUAAUUCGCUGUAGUAGCUGACGUGUAUAGUAUUGAGUCAUCAGAGGGUGGUAGCACUAGCAGAUGGAGAGAAUCUGUUUUGGGGAUUUCCAAGAAGAUAGACAUUACCCUCAGAAUAUUUAUGCAUAUUUAUGUUAAUUAGGAUUUCUAAAUGACCUGUUACAGUGAGUACGACACUAAUACUGAUGAACAAAUUCCAGUUGAAGACAUAUUAUUAGGUUUUGAAAAAUAGAGACAUCUUCAGCAGUUCUUCAGGGAUGUUAACCUUAGCGUGCUAAGAGUAAAGGUGCUUUGCGAAUUGAUAUGAAACAUUUCUUAUACUGUAGAAGUUGAUGAAGGUUUGGAAUGCAUCACUUGUGUGUUUCAUGCUUAUUACAUAGCUGUUUAUAACUGUUGUCCUCAGGUCAAGCUGGUUAACAUCCGGAAUGAUGACAUCACAGAUGGGAAUCCCAAAUUGACGCUGGGAUUGAUAUGGACCAUAAUUCUGCAUUUUCAGGUCAGAUUCAGUCUCAAAUCACACAUGCUGUGCACUUCAUUCUCUGGCUGUGUGAAUCACUGUGCUCGAUCCUUUCUCAAUUUCUCCAUAUUUUUUACUCAGCAAAUAAGAAUCAGUGGAUGGGAAUAUUCCAGUGUGUUAUUAUUGUUAAUUUGGUUUAUGAUUAGGAUGACAUGUCAUGCAUGGAGCUAUGAGAUGUGGUUAUUGUUUAGACCAAAGUAAGAUAGUUGUCAUUUAAGGGGUUCUGGAUUGAGGUAUUAUGUCUCUCUUAAAUCUACAGUAAAUUCUAGUAUAUUGAAGCCAGUGUGAUUGAAAAGCUAGCGUGUUGCUUAAUCUCAAUACAGCACCGCAUGUUUUGGGAUUAGCUUGCAUAACAUACUGUGGGACGUUUGGUUCAGUUUGAACAAUCUAAACUGUCAGUUUCUCCUUGUAUAGCUGUUGUUCCUUCUUUGGCCACAAGAUGUCAAAGCAGUCUUAACAAAGUGUCAUGCCAAUGGGUAUUGUAAUGUAGGCCUACGUCUAUGUCUGAUUGCCUGCUGGCACAUACAUGCCCCAGUUAUAAUGGCUGUUAAAAGUGAUAGAAUAAGAAGGAUGACCUACUCUGUACAUAUUUUAUUGAUGACUGGUGAUUGAAAUGUGUCGAUAUUCACUUAGGGUAGUAACGGGUCUUUCAAGUUCUCCACUUACAAAUGUAAAAGCUCCCCAGUGAAAUCACCCGGUGACAAUGACAGGUGGAUGUUGAAAAUGGUGUUGCAAUAGCCUGAUUAGUAACCUUGCUGGACACUUGAAGACUUGCACUCGCUCCCCGAGCUUAAUGGUUAUCUGAGCUGAAAUGGUCAUUAGGUCUGUGUACUGUUAGUGCUUCAGUGGAGGGAAGAGGUUGGACAUUACAAUGCAAACAACAUGUCCCUCCCUCCAGUGUUAUGUAUUGUGUGAUGAUAAGUGCAGGAAAAUAGAUCGUUUUUAUUAGAGGAAGUGUCCCUUUAUUCAGCCUGACUAUCGCCUAAAGUUCAUCUGUUUUCAGUGUCCCUCCUUCCAGUGUUUUCACAGGCCCCACACCCUGAGAACAUUUGUGCCCAUGUCUGUCUAGUACCACACAGACUGUCUUGCUGCAGCUGUACAUUCACAUGGAAACAAUGGAUGCAUUGUAGUCAUUUAGCAGACACUCUUAUCCAGAGCAACUAGGGUUAUGUGCCUUGCUCAAGGGCACAUUGACAGAUUUUUCACCUAGUCAGCUCAAGGAUUCAAACCAGCAACCUACAUACACACGCCUGCACAAUAGGGGGUGGAUGGUACCAUCAGUAGCAGCACUAGGAGGAUCUAUUGUUGCCUUUCUGAGGCCUAGUGAAGCACACACUGCUAGUUCUCUCUCUCUCUCUCUCUCUCUCUCUCUCUCUCUCUCUCUCUCUCUCUCUCUCUCUCUCUCUCUGUCUCUCUGUCUCUCUGUCUCUCUCAGGCCCCUGCUAUGGAUUAUUAAUAUAUCUGGCACAAUAUAUCUGGCACACUGCUAGUUAUCUCUCUCUCUCUCUCUCUCUCUCUCUCUCUCUCUCUCUCUCUCUCUCUCUCUCUGUCUCUCUGUCUCUCUCAGGCCCCUGCUAUGGAUUAUUAAUAUGGAUCAUUUUGGAUUUGAGAUCAAAUGUCACCUUUUAUUUUAGGAUAUUUUCAUACAUAUCAGUUUUACCGUUUACUAAUUAAUGCACUUUGUGUAUUUAGUCCCCCCAUUUGAAGGUGUCAUAAGUAUUUGGACAAAUUCACUUAUACAGUAUAUUAAGUGUAGUCAAAAGUUUAGCAUUUGGUCCCAUAUUCCUAGCACGCAAUGACUACAUCAAGCUUGUGACUCUACAAACUUGUUGGAUACAUUUGCAGUUUGUUUUGGUUGUGUUUCGGAUUAUUUUGCGCCCAAUAGAAAUGAAUGGUAAAUAAUGUAUAGUGUCAUUUUGGAGUCACCUUUAUUAUAAAUAAGAAUAGUAUAUGUUUCUGAGAUGCACAAAGACCAUGCCCCCAAAACAUGCUAACCUCUCACCAUUACCAAUAACAGGGGAGGGUAUGAUAUAUUUAUGCUUCUGUAACGUCCUCAGUCAUAAUUUAUGUUACAAAACCGAUUAACUAGCCUGCUAAUAUUGUUUGAUUCGCUAAGCCUAGGGGUCUUAGGCCUAGUUAACUGGUCUGUAACCUGAUUUGAUGUAUGCAUAAAUAUGAGAAGUAAGCCUAUGCAACCAGGUGUUGAAUGUACAUGCGCCCAGGAGACAGCCACCUUCCCUUAGGGCCAGCUCCUUCUUCACCUCUUGGUCGGCCAGUCAAAGCUGAUUAUUAUUUGUUCAGAUGGUGACGAAACCUAAAUAUGUACGAAAAGGUUGUGCCCAAACUAAAGACUCAUAACCAAACGAAAGGCCUCAUAGCCACCAAUGAAAAUCAGCAGCUUCACAGCCUUUCCAGCUGGGACUCUCACUGACUUUCUCCUUGAUUGGCUGCACCUGAUGUGCUUAUCAACCAGGCUCAGCACCUGGACAAGGUUGCUGCUGCCCCCUGGGGGAAUGGAGUGUGGAAGUGGUAGUGAGCUGUAGUGUGAUCUCUAAACUACCCUAUUCCCUAACAUUAUCCACGCUUCAUUCAUGAUUGUCCGUAAUCAUGGUAGCAUCCACAUUAAUGUAGUGUUCAGAAAAAUAUUAUAUUCUUAUUUACGAUAAAAGUGACUCCAAAAUGACACAAUGCACUAUUCACCAUUCAUAUCUAUUGGGCGCAACAUAAUCCGAAACUAAUUCAAAGAAAAGGUGACAUUAUGUACUGUCGCCUCAUAUAUAACGUUUGAUUUCAUAUCCAAAAUGCUGGAGUAUAGAGCCAAAGUUUUAGCUUCACUGUCCAAUUAAAUACAUAGGGGAGUGUAUUUCUCCAUAAGUGUACAAUACCAAUUCAAAAGACAGAGAGCAGCGUUGUAGUGUCCAGUUGCAUGCCUCAACAUCUCUCCUGUCUCUCCUCUAUUGCCUGGACACCCCAGACUCCAUGAGGUCUGGUAAAAACAAAAAGAGACUGAAUAAUUUGAAAGUGAUUCGUUUGAAGUUCCUGUUGAAGAAGGACAAAUAUGGCAAUAAUGAAAGAAUGUUCUAAUGCUUGGAAUCAUAAAACAUACUGCCAGGUAGCUAGCGGGAUGUGUGCCUACACCUGCCCCUGUCACUCUUGCGCAUGCCGCUGGGAAUUUGUACUAGCUAGUGACUGUGGGCCUGUAGCUUCUUGAUUUUUCAGCGUUGCCGGGCAGUUGGAAAACAUGUUGAUCAGUUCAGUGUGGAGUUAAAACCCAGCUGGCAGGGCCUCCUGAGUGGUGCAGCGGUCUAAGGCACUGCAUCGCAGUGCUAGAGGCGUUACUACAGACCCGGGUUCAUUCCCGGGCUGUGCCACAACCGGCCGUGGCCGGGAGUCCCAUAGGACGGCACACAAUUGGCCCAGCGUUGUCCGGGUUAGGGGAGGGUUUGGCCGGGGGGGACUUUACUUGGCUCAUCGCACCCUAGCGACUCCUUGUGGCGGGCCAGGUGCCUGCAGGCUGACCCCGGUUGAACAGUGUUUAAUUUUACAUUUUAGUCAUUUAGCAGACGCUCUUAUCCAGAGCAUUUACAGUUAGUGAGUGCAUACAUUUUCAUACUGGCCCCCCGUGGGAAACUAACUCACAACCCUGGCGUUGCAAGCACCAUGCUCUACCAACUGAGCUACACAGGGUUUCCUCCGACACAUUGGUGCGGCUGGCUUCCGGGUUAAGCUGGCGGGUGUUAAGGAGCGUGGUUAGGCGGGUCAUGUUUCGGAGGACGCAUGACUCCACCUUCGCCACUCCCGAGCCCUUUGGGAUGUUGCAGCGAUGAGACAAGAUCGAAAUUGGGGGUAAAAUACAAAAAAAAAUACAGCUGGCAGAAAAGCAGUGUGACAUAGUGAUGAACCCAACCCUGUUUUGAUGCUACGUGACUCUAUCGGAAAGAUUUUGGGAGGAGCAAGUUGCUAUUACCUUUAGUAGGAUGGUCCAGCCAUUCAGUCAUUAUCGUCCAAUGGCAUUGUGUUAAUUAUAUGAUAUAUUUCCUUUUAGGAAUGUCAUCUGUCAUUCAUCCAUCACCUGCUAUGGUAUGAUAGGAAGUGAAGCUAUAGACUGUAGCGAUUGAAGCAUUCCAGAUUGUUUUGUUGAGAAUUGGUUUACAAAGGCAGUCUCCCAGGUGUGUUUACAUGAUGUAUACAAGAAGUCCCUGCUGUAAUCACUACAAUAAGAAGCAUAUUGCACAUCCGCAGUGAGACCUGAAUACACUGCCGUGAUGAUGCAGUUAGACCUAAAUACACUGCCAUGACGAUGCAGUGAGACCUGAAUAUAAUGCCAUGACGAUGCAGUGAGACCUGAAUAUAAUGCUGUGAUGAUGCAGUGAGACCUGAAUACACUGCCAUGACGAUGCAGUGAGACCUGAAUAUAAUGCCGUGACGUUGCAGUGAGACCUGAAUACACUGCUGUGACGUUGCAGUGAGACCUUAAUAUACUGCCAUGACGUUGCAGUGAGACCUGAAUACACUGCCGUGACGAUGCAGUGAGACCUUAAUAUACUGCUGUGACGUUGCAGUGAGACCUGAAUACACUGCCGUGACGAUGCAGUGAGACCUGAAUACACUGCCAUGACGAUGCAGUGAGACCUAAAUAUACUGCCAUGACGAUGCAGUGAGACCUGAAUACACUGCCGUGACAAUGCAGUGAGACCUGAAUAUACUGCCAUGACGAUGCAGUGAGACCUGAAUAAACUGCCGUGACGAUGCAGUGAGACCUGAAUACACUGCCAUGACGAUGCAGUGAGACCUGAAUAUACUGCUGUGAUGUUGCAGUGAGACCUGAAUACACUGCCAUGACGAUGCAGUGAGACCUGAAUAUACUGCUGUGAUGUUGCAGUGAGACCUGAAUACACUGCCGUGACGAUGCAGUGAGACCUGCAUACACUGCCAUGAUGAUGCAUCAUCAUAUUGUAGCUCUUUGGUCUCUACAGUGUCAUCUGACUGACAGUCAAAGUCUCCAAGGGUUACGCUCAAGGUCCUGUCAGUUGUCUCAAUAAACUGGGGGCCGGAGAGGCACACGAAAACCAAUCUCGCUGACAGAAACCAAUCUAUGGAGGCUUUGGACUUGUUUCACCAGGGGACAUACUACAUGUGAUAGGAUUGAGUCUGCCAUCUUACUUUAAUGAACAUGUCUCUCUCUCUUCCCUCCUUCUCUAGCCUUCGUCAUCUGAAGAUCCAACAAGAGAU